GCUUCUUGCUUCUAAGACAGAAGGAGAGUUGAAUCUCGAGGAGACAGUGAGGGAAAACUGCCCACUUUUGAUGCUUUUUAAGACUUGUCUUUUCAACUGCUGCUAGAGACUGCGAUUGUUUUAUUUAUUUCCAUUUUGAGUCGACUUCAGCUCUGGAUUGGUACCUAUUGCAGUUUUCUGGUUUUGUUUCUGUCUACCAGCUCCGGGAGUCAAAUUCUCAAAGAACUAAAACUUUGUAAGGAUUUCCAUUGGGGUCCAUCAUUUUGCUCUUGAGAACCCAACAGGAAUAUAAUGUCUUUUUUGCGCGUCAUACUGGGUUUCGUUGCAGCGCUGUGCGUAAACGCGGCGCAGAGCGCGUGGGAGGAGAGCACCGUGGUGCCGGUCCGGCUCGACUCGUACGGCACCGAAGCGACCCAUACAGCAGAAGCACGGGAAAAGGAAUCCGAGAAACGCAUCUAUCGCUUGGACGUCUUUGGAAAUCAGAUGGUGUUGGUGCUGGAACCGGAUCAGACCUUUUUAGCGCCUGGGUUUGUGUUCCAGAUGGUGGGGAAACCGGAGUCCGAGGAGUUUGACAGCGCGGGACAGGCGCAGUGCUUCUUCUCGGGGGCCGUGAACGGAGAAGAACUUUCCGCUGCGGCGAUCAAUCUGUGCAAUGGACUGCGGGGCGGCUUCUAUGUCGGCGGCGAAGAGUACUUCAUCCAACCCGCGAACGCCAGCGGAGAGGCUUCGGAUGGAGACAUCCAUAUCAUCCGCAGAAGAAAACGGGGGUUGUUGGCUGAGGAGAACGGUUCUAAGUGUGGGGUGAACGAGGAGGAGGAACGGGUCGCCGAGAAACCAUUUGCAACCAAAUCCGAGCCCAUUCCAUCUGAGUCUAAAGCACACCACAGAUCCCGUCGCUUUGUGUCGACUCCUCGCUAUUUGGAGAUCAUGAUUGUGGCAGACCAGUCAAUGGCAGAGUUUCACGGAGCUGGGCUCAAAACUUACCUGCUGACCAUCAUGGCAGUAGCAUCUCGUCUGUAUCGACACCCUACCAUUCAUAACUCGAUCACUCUGGCAGUUGUGAAGCUUCUUGUUGUGUACAAUGAAGAGCACGGUCCCCAGGUGUCCUCCAAUGCAGCGCUUACCCUUAGGAACUUCUGCCAGUGGCAAAAGCAGCACAACCCACCAAGUGACCGGCACCCUGAGCAUUACGACACAGCAGUACUGUUCACCAGACAGGAUCUUUGUGGUGCUCAUUCUUGUGACACUCUGGGAAUGGCGGAUGUGGGCACUGUGUGCGAUCCCGAUCGAAGUUGCUCCAUUGUUGAAGAUGACGGCCUCCAAGCAGCCUUCACCGUAGCACAUGAGCUUGGUCACGUGUUCAACAUGCCCCAUGAUGAUGCCAAACAAUGUGCCAGCGUUAAUGGAGACCAGUGGAGCGCCCACAUGAUGGCCUCGACCUUGUCCAAUCUGGACCAGCUACAGCCCUGGUCUCCUUGCAGUGCCCUGAUGGUCACAACCUUCCUGGACAAUGGCCAUGGUCAGUGUUUACUGGACAAGCCCCAGAAGCCUCAGCAGUUGCCCCAGGCUCUGCCAGGUUCAGUUUACGAUGCCGACAGACAGUGCCGUCUCACAUUUGGAGAGGAGUCCCAGCACUGUCCUGACCUGAGCACCACUUGUGCCGCACUUUGGUGCACCGUCACAGCUACAAAUGGCUUGCUGGUCUGCCAAACCAAGAACUUUCCAUGGGCCGAUGGGACGCCUUGCGGGUCUGACAGCUACUGUAUGGCAGGACGAUGCUUGAGCAAGGCCGAGGCUGCCAGAUAUCAGACUCCAGUCAAUGGCGGAUGGGGAACUUGGGGAUCUUGGGGAGAUUGCUCACGUACCUGUGGAGGAGGUGUGCAAUACUCUUUUAGGGACUGUGACAAUCCCCAACCCAAAAAUGGAGGCAAAUACUGCGAGGGCAAGAGAAUUCAGUACCGCUCCUGCAACACCGAGGCCUGCCCUGAUAGCAAUGGUUUGACAUUCCGUGAGGAACAGUGUUUGGCCCACAAUGACAUCUCCUCUCAGGUGUCAUUCGGCUCAGGAGAAGGUGUCGAGUGGGUGCCGAAGUAUGCGGGAGUCUCUCCCAAGGACCGCUGCAAGUUGGUGUGCCGAGCAAAGGGAACUGGGUACUUCUUCAUUCUGAAGCCAAAGGUUGCUGAUGGUACACCAUGCACCCCGGAUUCCACCUCAGUCUGUGUCCAAGGCCAGUGUGUGAAGGCUGGUUGUGACCGGGUCAUUGGUUCCAACAAGCGUUUCGACAAAUGCGGCAUCUGUGGAGGAGAUGGAUCUACUUGCAAGAAAGUUUCUGGAUCAAUGGAACGUGCUAUACCGGGCUAUCAGGACAUAGUGACGAUCCCAGCUGGUGCCACGCACCUAGAUGUUAAGCAGCGCUCUCUUGGAGGCCGCCGCCAUGACAAUAGCUACCUAGCAGUUCGCCGGCAAGAUGGCACGUACCUACUGAACGGCGACUAUAAGCUGAUGACUUUAGAGACUGAUAUCUCUCUGAAAGGUGCACUUCUGCGAUACAGUGGUUCCUCUGCCACACUGGAGCGCCUCCGAAGCUUCGCUCCCUUACCUGAGGCUCUUACUAUCCAGGUGUUGUCAGUUGGCGAUUCCCCAAGACCUCGCGUAAAGUACAGCUACUUUGCUCCACGUCCCAUUGGGUCAAAUCGUCCAUCCAUUAAUGCCAUUAGUGAAGCAGGAGAUGCCGAAUGGGCCCUACGUGAGUGGGGACCUUGUUCGCAGACCUGCGGUGGUGGUAUCCAGAAGCGGGACGUCCUUUGCCUUGAUGCUUACGGCCAUCAGUCAAAAGACUGUCCUGAAGAGCUGCGCCCUGCGUCAUCACAAUCCUGUGCUCUGCAGGCGUGCCCAUCCUGGCUGCAGGGGGAGUGGUCCGAUUGUUCCAAAGCAUGCGGCAGAGGCUAUCGCAAGCGUCAGCUGCGCUGCAUCGGACACGAUGGUCGCAUUUUGCCUAACGAGAGCUGCAACGCUAAAAAUCAGCCACGACCUCGCUUGGAAUUGUGCAACCUGACUCCCUGUUGAAACUGAACACUGAGGCUUGCAACAACCUCGAACGGCUGUAAGUUGGUGCUUUGGAUUCAAAGGGCCCUUUAUGACAGAGACUGCAACCAAACUUCUUUCACCCAUCCAACACUGGGUACAGGGCACAAAGCUGGCACACAGUGUACCUGUCUUGACAGCUGUGAUGGAGGAGAAGAAUACGAACACCUCUGCUGCUUUGGAUGCUGAUGUCAUGCAUGUUAGAUUUUGAGUGUGCGUGGGUGUGUAUGAUGGAUGAUUCAUGAAAGAGUGCAUGAAACAGCUAUGCAUUUGUACCGUCUGUCUGAGCUGGACUAGACAGACAGGUUUAAUUUGUCACAAGAGGGCAUAUAGGCGCUAAUGUCUUUUCCUAGGGUCAAGAGCCGUACCGAGACAAAGGAGUUCAUUAGUAGUGGUGUUUUAUAUAAAGCACCCUCUAGUGGUUCUCCAUUUAAAAGUUGCAAACUCAAAGCACAUAUUUAACAAAUGCAUUUUCUUGCCAAAAUCAAUACCAUAUCUCACCUCAGCUAGGCACACAUGCUGCUAAUCAAACACCACAACAGGUAUUAUGCAUUUCCGCAUAAUUAAGUUUAAGAACGCACAUUAGCUUAACGUUUAGCUUCAUAGGUUGAUAUUUUCAGCAUUUUGCAAAGCCAUACCCGAUCAAGAGGGAUCAUAUCUUUUUUUCAAGGGGGAGGGUGACCAAAGACCAUAGGAUUUAUACCUGAGGAGAGAGUGUGUUUGUGCGAGUGUGUGUUUAUGUAUGUGUGGGUUAGUGUUGUGUGAUUGUGUGGAGGACUUCUCUCCUACUACUACUUCAUAAGUAAUCCUCUCCUGCCUUCUGAGAAGGUAUCUUUGUAAUGAGGUGUCUUUUUUGUACAGAAUAUUCAAACGUUAUUUAUUUUUGUACAGCCCAUUUAAUAUAAUCUUGUUGCUUUUUUAUAAUUAUUGUAUUUCUAUUUGUUGUUGUUAUUGUUGUUAUUGAAAUAACUGAAGGAUGUAGAUUAUAUUAGAGUAUUUAUACAAUAUCUAUGAUCUUAGGUUUAUGAAUAAAGUAUCACAUUGAUUUGUGGACCAAA